UUCAGUCCUGGGUUAAAGUGGUUCAGUCCUGGGUUAAAGUGGUUCAGUCCUGGGUUAAAGUGGUUUAGUUCUCGGUUAAAGUGGUUCAGUCCUGGGUUAAAGUGGUUUAGUUCUCGGUUAAAGUGGUUCAGUCCUCGGUUAAAGUGGUUCAGUCCUGGGUUAAAGUGGUUCAGUCCUGGGUUAAUGUGGUUCAGUCCUGGGUUAAUGUGGUUCAGUCCUGGGUUAAAGUGGUUCAGUCCUGGGUUAAAGUGGUUCAGUCCUGGGUUAAUGUGGUUCAGUCCUGGGUUAAAGUGGUUUAGUUCUCGGUUAAAGUGGUUCAGUCCUGGGUUAAAGUGGUUUAGUUCUCGGUUAAAGUGGUUCAGUCCUCGGUUAAAGUGGUUCAGUCCUGGGUUAAAGUGGUUCAGUCCUGGGUUAAAGUGGUUUAGUUCUCGGUUAAAGUGGUUCAGUCCUGGGUUAAUGUGGUUCAGUCCUGGGUUAAUGUGGUUCAAUCCUGGGUUAAAGUGGUUCAGUCCUGGGUUAAUGUGGUUCAGUCCUGGGUUAAAGUGGUUCAGUCCUGGGUUAAAGUGGUUUAGUUCUCGGUUAAAGUGUGGUUUAGUUCUCGGUUAAAGUGGUUCAGUCCUGGGUUAAUGUGGUUCAGUCCUGGGUUAAUGUGGUUCAGUCCUGGGUUCAAGUGGUUCAGUCCUGGGUUAAUGUGGUUCAGUCCUGGGUUAAAGGGGUUCAGUCCUGGGUUAAUGUGGUUCAGUCCUGGGUUAAAGUGGUUCAGUCCUGGGUUAAUGUGGUUCAGUCCUGGGUUAAAGUGGUUCAGUCCUGGGUUAAUGUGGUUCAGUCCUGGGUUAAAGUGGUUUAGUUCUCGGUUAAAGUGGUUCAGUCCUGGGUUAAAGUGGUUUAGUUCUCGGUUAAAGUGGUUCAGUCCUGGGUUAAAGUGGUUUAGUUCUCGGUUAAAGUGGUUCAGUCCUGGGUUAAAGUGGUUUAGUUCUCGGUUAAAGUGGUUCAGUCCUCGGUUAAAGUGGUUCAGUCCUGGGUUAAAGUGGUUCAGUCCUUGGUUAAUGUGGUUCAGUCCUGGGUUAAUGUGGUUCAGUCCUGGGUUAAUGUGGUUCAGUCCUGGGUUAAUGUGGUUCAGUCCUGGGUUAAAGUGGUUCAGUCCUGGGUUAAUGUGGUUCAGUCCUGGGUUCAAGUGGUUCAGUCCUGGGUUAAUGUGGUUCAGUCCUGGGUUAAAGGGGUUCAGUCCUGGGUUAAUGUGGUUCAGUCCUGGGUUAAAGUGGUUCAGUCCUGGGUUAAAGUGGUUCAGUCCUGGGUUAAAGUGGUUCAGUCCUGGGUUAAUGUGGUUCAGUCCUGGGUUAAAGUGGUUUAGUUCUCGGUUAAAGUGGUUCAGUCCUGGGUUAAAGUGGUUUAGUUCUCGGUUAAAGUGGUUCAGUCCUGGGUUAAAGUGGUUCAGUCCUGGGUUAAAGUGGUUUAGUUCUCGGUUAAAGUGGUUCAGUCCUGGGUUAAAGUGGUUUAGUUCUCGGUUAAAGUGGUUCAGUCCUCGGUUAAAGUGGUUCAGUCCUGGGUUAAAGUGGUUCAGUCCUUGGUUAAUGUGGUUCAGUCCUGGGUUAAUGUGGUUCAGUCCUGGGUUAAUGUGGUUCAGUCCUGGGUUAAUGUGGUUCAGUCCUGGGUUCAAGUGGUUCAGUCCUGGGUUAAUGUGGUUCAGUCCUGGGUUAAAGGGGUUCAGUCCUGGGUUAAUGUGGUUCAGUCCUGGGUUAAAGUGGUUCAGUCCUGGGUUAAUGUGGUUCAGUCCUGGGUUAAAGUGGUUCAGUCCUGGGUUAAUGUGGUUCAGUCCUGGUUUAAAGUGGUUCAGUCCUGGGUUAAAGUGGUUCAGUCCUGGGUUAAAGUGGUUCAGUCCUGGGUUAAAGUGGUUUAGUUCUCGGUUAAAGUGGUUCAGUCCUGGGUUAAAGUGGUUCAGUCCUGGGUUAAUGUGGUUCAGUCCUGGGUUAAAGUGGUUUAGUUCUCGGUUAAAGUGGUUCAGUCCUGGGUUAAAGUGGUUUAGUUCUCGGUUAAAGUGGUUCAGUCCUGGGUUAAAGUGGUUUAGUUCUCGGUUAAAGUGGUUUGGUUUGGUUUGGAAGUAGA